AUGGCUUCGAGUAAGCUAAGACGCGCCAUAGGAGCGGUGAAAGAUCAGACAAGCGUAGGGCUAGCCAAAAUGGGAGGCAAAAGCAGUUCUUUAACGGAACUAGAAAUCGCCAUCGUGAAGGCAACGCGACACGACGAGUAUCCAGCCGAGGAGAAAUACGUGAGAGAGAUCUUAAGCCUAACGUCUUACUCACGCAACUACGUAAACGCUUGCGUUUCAAUCCUCUCGAGACGUCUCAACAAGACCAAGAACUGGUCUGUUGCUCUCAAAACCUUGAUUCUGAUCCAGCGGAUGUUGACUCAAGGCGACAAAGCCUACGAGGAAGAGAUCUUCUUCGCGACAAGGCGUGGGGCCAGGCUGCUUAACAUGUCUGAUUUCAGGGAUUCGGAUGGGUCUAGCUCUUGGGAUUACUCUGCUUUUGUUCGGACAUAUGCUCUUUAUUUGGACGAACGGCUUGAUUUUCGAAUGCAGAAAAGGAGAGGGAAAAAGGGUGAUUGUGGUGAUGAUUCUGGUGACGACGAAGCUGAUCGUCGAGAGACCAAAACCGACAACCGGUCUAGAGCUCUUGUGGGGAAGACUAAACCGGUCAAAGAGAUGAAAACAGAGAAAAUCUUUAUUAGGGUACAACACUUACAACAGCUUCUUGAUCGGUUCUUGGCUUGUCGUCCAACAGGUAAUGCAAAGAACAACAGAGUUGUGAUUGUGGCUCUGUAUCCAAUAGUGAAAGACAGUUUCCAGAUAUAUUUCAACAUAACAGAGAUAAUGGGAGUAAUGAUAGAUCGAUUCAUGGAGCUAGACGUUCAUGAUUCGAUCAAAGUCUAUGACAUCUUCUGUAGAGUUUCCAAACAGUUGGACGAGUUAGAUCCUUUUCAUGGAUGGUGUAAGAAGAUGGGAGUUGCAAGAUCUUCAGAGUAUCCAGAACUGGAGAAGAUUACACAGAAGAAACUUGAUAUCAUGGAUGAGUUUAUAAGAGAUAAAUCUCUUUUAGCUGCACAAGCACUAAAGUCACCAUCAAGAAAGUCUAACAAAUCUGAGGAAGAGGAAAUCAAAGACAUUCAAGAAGAUAUAAACUCCAUUAAAGCAUUACCAGCACCAACUCAAGAAGAGGAAGAAGAGGAAGAAACAAAGAAAGAUGUUGAAGAAGUGGUUUCAAAACAAGAUCAAGAAGGUGAUUUGCUGGAUUUAACUUGUGAAGUGGGUGAUACAACAUGGUCGGUUGGUGAUAGUUUGGCCUUAGCGUUGUUCGAUGGACCGGUUGCCAAUGAGAAUGCAUCUGGACCGGGGUGGGAAGCGUUUGAUGAUGAUGCAGCGGAUUGGGAGACAGCAUUGGUGAAAUCAGCGACGAGAUUGUCGGCACAAAAGAAUGAGCUUGGAGGUGGGUUUGAUCAUUUGUUGCUUAAUGGAAUGUAUCAAUACGGUGCAGUUAAUGCGUCGACGGCUUAUGGAAUUAGUGGGAGUGCGAGUAGUGUUGCGUUUGGUUCUGCAGGAAGACCAGCAGCCUCGAUGUUGGCACUGCCCGCACCGCCACCAACGACCAACGGAAACGGAGACAGAUGUUUGAUCACCAUGGACCCAUUUGCGGCGUCUCUAGAGGUGGCUCCACCCCCGUACGUGCAAAUGAGUGAUAUGGAGAAAAAACAAAGGUUGGUAAUGGAAGAACAAAUGAUGUGGGAUCAGUACAACAGAAAUGGAAGACUAGGUUACAUGCAAAACCAACAACAACAUUUUCAAUACUCCAUGGGACCUUAUUCUUACACACCUCACUACUGA